UAGACACGGAGGGGGAGGCAAGUCUGGUAGGGAAGGCCUCCGGUUAGGGCAGCGGGAUGGGGCCAGGCGGCCGCGGCCGGACCCCUGGCCUCGGGGUGCUCUGUGUCCUGUGCUUCUACUGCUCUCUGAGCCCCGGGUGGGCUCAGUACGAGCGCUACAGCUUUCGCAGCUUCCCCCGGGACGAGCUGAUGCCCCUGGAGUCUGCCUAUAAGUACGGCCUGGACCAGUACGGCCAGGAGAACUGGGCCGAAAGCGUGGGCUACCUGGAGAUCAGCAUGCGUCUGCACCGCCUGCUGCGGGACAGCGAGGCUUUCUGUCACCUCAACUGCAGCACCGUGCGCAUGGACAGGGACGCGCCCGCCCCUAGCCCUAUCCGCGACCCCCAGCCCCAGGACAGGGACAGGUUUGCCGGCUUCCCCGAGCUGAGGCUCUUUGGGGACCUGCUGCACCGCGCGAAGUGCCUCAAGCGCUGCAAGCAGGGGCUCCCGGCCUUCCGCCAGUCUCAGCCCAGCCGAGAGGUGCUGGACGAGUUCCAGCGGCGAGAGCCCUAUAAGUUCCUCCAGUACGCCUACUUUAAG